CUUGCUCGCGCUAAAAUUACAGAGCGCGUAUACGACAAGAACAACGGCAGCGAUUUGAAAGGAAUGCAGYAAGCUUAUUAAGCUUUGUGGAGAUAUUCAAAUCGAGAGAAGACAGUUAAAGUUGGCCAAUUGUUUGAAGAAGUCGGAGUCUAACUGAAAACAUGGGCUGYGGCGCAUCCUGCAAAAAAAUUGAGCCAACGCAGACUGCUACUUCUUCUGCUUCGAAGCAAGAUCAAAAGCAGAAUGUCCAAGUUCCAGAUAACUUCCCUGAUCUUUCUCUUCACAAUAACUGGAUGGCGAAGUGUCUGACAKCUGAUAUCUAUCGGAAACUUUACAAGAAGCAAACACCUUCAGGCUUUACAUUGGAUUUGGCAAUACAAACCGGAGUUGACAAUCCUGGUCAUCCCUUUAUCAAAACGGUGGGAUGUGUGGCCGGCGAUGAGGAAACGUACACGUUAUUUGCUCCAUUUUUUGAUCCAGUAAUCGAAGGAAGACACAACGGCUACAAGAAAACAGAURUGCAUAAGACGGAUCUCGAUCCAUCGCAUCUGAUUGGUGGAGAAGACCUUGAUGAAAAGUAUGUUCUAUCAUGUAGAGUGAGGACUGGGCGCAGCAUCCGGGGUCUUUGCCUGCCUCCAUCCUGCACCCGAGCUGAGCGACGUCAAGUAGAGAAAAUUGUUGUUGAUGCUUUGAAUUCAUUUGACGGAGAAUUCCAAGGCAAAUACUAUCCACUUGGAAAAAUGACGGACGAAGAACAAGAGCAACUCAUCCAAGACCACUUCUUGUUCGACAAGCCUGUUUCUCCUUUGCUUCUUUCUGCGCGAAUGGCACGCGACUGGCCGGACGCUCGCGGGAUUUUUCAUAACGARAACAAAACGUUUUUAGUGUGGAUCAACGAGGAGGAUCACACGCGUGUWAUCUCGAUGCAAAAAGGAGGCAAUAUGAARGAGGUGUUUACCAGAUUCUGUAAUGGUCUCAAUAAGGUUGAAUCAGCUAUCAAAGCCAAAGGGUGUGAGUUUAUGUGGAGUAAACAUCUUGGCUACAUCUUGACUUGUCCAUCAAAUCUGGGUACAGGACUUCGAGGUGGAGUGCAUGUGAAACUUCCUUUGCUGAGCAAAGAAAGCAGAUUCGAUAAGAUUUUAGUUGCGCUUCGACUUCAAAAGCGYGGAACUGGUGGAGUUGAUACUGCGUCUACUGAUGGYACAUUUGACAUUUCAAAUCUUGACAGRCUUGGUUCUUCGGAAGUCGAACAAGUCCAGAAAGUUGUYGAUGGAGUGAAGCUCCUUAUAGAAAUGGAAAAGGCAUUGGAAUCUGGAAAAUCGAUCGACGGGCUUAUUCCUGCAACAGCUAAGGCCUCACCAGUCAAAAUGUCMAAUUUUCCCGAUUUAUCUCAGCACAAUAAUUGGAUGGCAAAGUGUUUGACAAAAGAAAUCUACGAGAAAUUGUACACUAAGAAAACACCGUCKGGAUUUACGCUUGAUUAUGCGAUACAGACAGGGGURGAUAACCCGGGACAUCCUUUCAUCAUGACGGUCGGUUGCGUUGCGGGAGAUGAGGAAAGCUACUCUGUCUUYGCCGACUUCUUMGAUCCUGUCAUUGAGAAACGUCACAGUGGCUACAAGAAAACUGCUAACCACAAAACCGACCUCAAUGCAAACAAUCUUGUAGGCGGAGACGACUUGGAUGAAAAAUACGUCUUUUCUUGCCGUGUCCGAACUGGACGUAGCAUACGAGGUCUUGCUCUYCCUCCAUGGUGCAGUCGUGCAGAACGUCGAGAAGUGGAGAAGAUUGUAACGUCUGCGUUGGCGCAACUUGACGGGCACCUCAAGGGAAARUACUACUCCUUGACAACUAUGACAGAUCAAGAACAAGAACAACUCAUUAAUGAUCAUUUCCUGUUUGACAAACCAGUUUCACCACUUUUGCUGUCUGCGCGAAUGGCGCGCGACUGGCCAGACGCGCGUGGAAUUUGGCAUAACGAGGCAAAAGACUUCCUMGUGUGGAUCAAYGAGGAGGACCACWCACGCGUGAUUUCYAUGCAAAAAGGAGGYAAYAUGAAAGAGGUGUUCAGUCGUUUCUGUGAUGGACUAACGAAAGUCGAAAACGCCAUCAAGAGAAAAGGACACGAAUUCAUGUGGAACAAGCACCUUGGCUUUGUUCUUACGUGUCCUUCAAAUCUUGGAACAGGACUCAGAGGUGGMGUACAUCUGAAAAUUCCUCUUCUUAGCGAAACCAAGGAAUUUGAUCCUUUGCUAAAAGCCCUACGACUUCAAAAGCGCGGUACCGGUGGAGUAGAUACGGCAUCUGUUGGUGGAGUGUUUGACAUUUCCAACUCCGACCGUCUAGGAACGUCAGAAGUGCAACAAGUACAAGCUGUUGUUGAUGGUGUUAAGCUGAUGAUCGAGYUUGAGAAGGCUUUGGAACAAGGACUGGACAUCAAAAGCUUCUGUGAUUCUAUUCACGCUGGUAAAAAGACWMGAAACAUCAUUGAUGUCGUGGCAAAAGCGCGAGCRAACACGAAGAGCUCAUCCAAAGCAGUUUCAAAAACAAAAAACAGUUCAUCACUUGCAGUCGAUGRUUACCCAGACUUGAGUUCCCAUAACAACUGGAUGGCAAAAUGCCUGACAAGAGAUAUCUAUGACARGUUGUCCAAGGUCAAGACGCCRUCUGGAUUCACUCUGGAUGGUAUCAUACAAACAGGCGUCGACAACCCUGGACAUCCCUUCAUCUAUACCGUGGGCUGUGUGGCAGGAGAUGAGGAAAGCUACCAAGUAUUUGCAGACCUCUUGGAUCCAGUCAUCGAAGCGCGUCAUAAUGGCUACAAAAAGAACGCCAAGCACGUGACCGACCUCAAUCCCGACAAUCUGAUUGGUGRAGAUGACUUGGAUGGUGACUUUGUGUUGUCGUGUCGAGUGAGAACUGGACGCUCAAUCCGGGGUCUAUCCUUACCUCCGCACUGCACAAGAGCUGAACGUCGUGCCGUUGAGAAAAUCUCCGUGGAUGCUUUGGAUAAACUUGACGGUCCACUUAAAGGAAAGUACUACCCACUCUCCAAAAUGACCGACGAAGAGCAAGAAAAACUAAUCGAGGACCAUUUCUUGUUUGACAAACCUGUUUCUCCACUUCUCCUGUCAUCCCGCAUGGCAAGAGACUGGCCUGAUGCACGGGGCAUUUGGCACAACGAUGCCAAAAACUUCCUCGUUUGGGUGAACGAAGAAGAUCAUUUAAGGGUCAUUUCAAUGCAGAAAGGGGGAAACAUGAGGGAAGUCUUUUCCAGGUUCUGUGAUGGACUCGGGAAGAUCGAAUCUUUAAUGAAAACAGCAGGAAAGGAAUUUAUGUGGAAUGAACAUCUUGGCUACGUUCUCACRUGCCCCUCAAACCUUGGCACAGGCCUCCGUGGCGGUGUACAUGUUAAACUCCCUCUAUUGUCAAAACAGCCUCGCUUUGAUGAGAUCUUGGACAAACUGCGUUUGCAAAAACGAGGAACUGGAGGCGUGGAUACGGCUUCUACGGACGGCACAUUCGACAUUUCCAACCUGGACAGAAUUGGCUUCUCUGAGGUUCAAUUAGUGCAAAAGGUUGUCGAUGGGGUUCAGCUUUUGGUCCAGAUGGAGAAAAAGCUUAUGGCUGGCGAAACGAUUGAUAAUCUGGUUCCUAAGUAAUGGGAUUUGGGCUUCGGUUGCUUCUCAAGAUUUCUAUGUGUUAUAGUUUGUCACACCAACAGUCAAUGUUUGGUACAUUAAAUUGUACACAGGACUUCAUAAGCAAGAUGCAUGCGAUGAAAAAAGARAAAGAGAAUGUCAUCAAUGCUAUACGACUUUAUUAUGAUCUAGACUGUAUAAACKUCCGAUUUAUGAAUAAGGACGUGAUACCGAUAAUUGGUGUAUUCUGUAAGGAUAUUCUGUAAGACCACGUAGGAUAGAUCGGAAGAGAAUAGGAAACGAACACGGAUUAURAAAUUAAAACAGUACGUUGGCUGCAUGAAUACUUCCGUUCUAUGAGUGAUUAAACUGAACAUUCUCUUACAA